GCUUACAAACACAAGGAGGAGCAGAAGCAGCCGCCGCCGCCGCCGCAGCCAGGUGGCCCAGGGAAGGGAGGCCCGACCCGGGAGACCCUGCCGCCCCCCUGGUUGCUACUGGGGGGCGUCCAGCAUCUUUGCUUUGCAAGGCGCCCAACCUCCCCGAGGACUUUGCAAGAGGCCAGCCAGCUCGGCUUGGGGGGGAAGCCCUUUCUGAGCCACUUGGGGGGUUCCUCUCCGAGCCUGCCUUUCAUUGCAACCCCCGCCCCCCCACUCCUGAUCGCCUCUCCGCCUGGACAUGUUGAACCUCAUGGAUUUCUCUCACCAGGAUCCACUGCGCCAGCUCAAAGGCGGAGAUGCCCAGAGACCAGGGACAGGGCAAAAGCGCCAAGUUUUGACCCAGCAGCCCAGGGAAGAGACCCCUGAUUUCCUACCAGGCGACUUCAUGGGAGCGACAAUGAACCCUGACGUGGCUGACUACUACUUCUUUGCGGGGCAGCCCUCCCCGCCCCUCAGCUACACCGGCAGCUUCUUCAUCAAGACGGAGCAGUGCCAGGAUCAAGAGUCCCUCUUCAACCUGAUGUCGGGGAUCCUGGGCCUUUCUCCGUUCCCCGAAGGCCACCAGCGGCAGCCCCCGGAGGGCACCUACAGCUUCCCUGAGGCCAUCCAAAACCACCUGGACCUCUACUCUGCCUGCCAGCCCGAGCUGAACAUCUCCGUGCAGCCGUCCUUAGCCGAUCAGGGCUAUCCCAACUUCUCCAGCCUCGAGGCCAUCCAGCCGGUCCAAACGUCUCCUCCUGGGGGCGACUCGUCCCAGUGUUUGUUUAACAAUAAGCUGCUGAACAGCAAACAGGACGUCAAGCUCUCUUCCCUCUCCCCUUCCCUGGGGAAGUUCAAAGCUCCCUGUUCCCACUGGGACCCCCUCCAGCAGUCCCAGAACUAUUUACCCGCUGAGUACCCUUCUCCGGAGACUUUCCAUCCAUUAGAAACAAGGCAAGCGAUCCAGCUGGGCAUGAAAAAGGAAAACAUCCUAUCCGUCAGCUGCCAAGCAGAACUGGGUGGCCUCUCCGAGCAGGCCGGAUCCUUUGGACACGGGCUAGAUUUCGGUUGUCACCCGGAAACCUUCCCUAGCCAUGGCCAACUCCCCGGAGACUUCGGAGAGACCAAGCUCCCCGGCCUGCCGCCUCAGCUCCUCCAGGAGUUUGAAUCUUCCUUAUCGCAGGCUGAGGUCGUGCCAAACUUGCUGAACCCCAGUGAGCAGACGCUGCAUGCCAACCCUUCCCCAUCGCUGGUCUCCAUGACGGACUUUAACCUGGCCCCCUCUGCCAUUCCCUUGGCCGGCGCUUUAGGGCCUGCCGAUCCCGGCAUCCAAGCCUUGCCGAAGAAGAAACCGCGCCGAGGGAAGUGCUCUUCCAAAUGCUUCUGCUCCCGACCCCACGAGAAGGCCUUUGCCUGCCCGGUGGAGAGCUGCAUCCGCAGCUUUGCCCGGUCGGACGAGCUGAACCGACACCUCCGCAUCCACACGGGCCACAAGCCCUUCCAGUGCCGCAUCUGCCUGAGGAACUUCAGCCGCAGCGACCACCUCACCACCCACAUCCGGACCCACACGGGGGAGAAGCCCUUCUCCUGCGACGACUGCGGCAGGCGGUUUGCCCGAAGCGAUGAGAAGAAGCGACACGGCAAGGUCCACUUGAAGCAGAAAGCCCGGACGGAGGAGAAGCUGAAAGGGCUCGGGUUCUACGCCAUGGGGCUGUCGUUCGCGACCCUCUGA